AUGCGGAAGAUUUUAGUGUUGUUAGUAGCUGUUAUAUUCUCUGAAGUUUUCGGACAAGAGGAAUGUCGUGACUUAGAUUUCAAUUGCCGCGAUUGGGUGGCAUCAUCGUCAAAAAGUUGCGAUUCUACGGAUUAUAUUAUGAAGAGUUGCAAGAAAUCAUGUGGAUAUUGUGGUCCACCAGAGAAAAAAUACGAUCUACGUCGACUAGCGCCGCAACUACAACCGUUAGCUUUCCUUGUAGGAAAAUGGCGAUCCGAACAUGGUGGAAAAGCGAUUUUCCCCACUAUUCCAAAGUUCACAUACGGUGAAGAAGUCGAUAUCAGCAUUCCAGAUGAUGCUCUACAAGCGCAACGAGCACUUAACUACACAGCUUUUGCCUGGUCAAUCAAUGAGAAGGAUGAGCUUCACAGUGAAUCUGGAUACAUCGCCGUUAAACCAAGCACGAGGGAAGCAGCACUGACUACCGUCAUGAACAAUGGAUUUGUAACAGUGGAAGAAGGUCCGAUCAAAGGUAACUCGAUCAAAUUCCGAUUAAGAGAUGUUGGACGAAUCAGUUUCAGCCGUGAUUUGCCUGUUCAUGACAUGGUCCGAGAAUGGACGUUAUUGGACAAAAACACCCUUCAAGCUCGGCUGAAUAUGGAAACGUUGACGCAUGGAAUGCAAGAGCACACGUUUAUUCGAUACCAUAAGAUUGCACCAUAG